AUAGAUAUCUUUUCCCAACUAUAGUAUAAAUAUUCCAUAUUUCUACGGUCUUUCACAUCCGAAUUUCUAGGAGAGGAGCCAUUAAUCUACUGCAAUUUUCUUCCCUUCCAAUAAAUAUAUAAUCUUCCACUUCAAUUCAGUCUAAACAAAUAUCUGGAUAUUAAAUUCAUAGCACCAUAUUUUCUUGUCACAAUUGAGAGAAAAGAAUCGAGUAGUUUGUACCCAAUUCUUCUCUCCAAAGAGAAGAAAGAACGUGAGGAAAUUGGAGCAGGCAUCAAUGGCGAAUCGCCGUUGCUUUCAAACCCUAACUCGUUGUCUCCAAUCCAUCAGAACCCUAACCCCAAUCUCAGAAAGCCUAGCGCCUUACACCGCCCCCGCUCUCAACCAAACGCUCGCCGCCACUUCCCCAAACUACAUUUUCGCCAAUAAAUUUAACGCCUACCAACGCGCCGCAGUGCCCGCGCGGAGCUUUUGCUCCAGGCACACUGACAGCGACGAUGACGAAGAGGAUGAUUACGAUAGUGGAGAAGAAGAAGAGGAUUACAGUGAAAAUGAAGAAAACAGCUCUAAUUUGUCUGCUGAAGAAAAAGAGAAAGAAGCCAAUGAGAUAGGGUACACGGUCCUUGGCCCUCUCCAGAUAUCGGAUAGGGUUUUCAAAUUGUAUGAGCCCGUGUUCGCAGUUGUUCAGAUUGGAUCGCAUCAAUUCAAAGUGAGCAAUGGGGAUACCAUUUACACAGAGAGGUUGAAGCACUGCGACGUCAAUGAUAAGUUGGUCCUCAAUAAGGUUCUUAUGCUAGGUUCACUAACACAGACAAUCAUCGGUAGGCCAAUUUUGCCUGAAGCAGCUGUUCAUGCUGUUGUUGAGGAACACGCGCUAGACGCUAAGGUGAUCAUAUUCAAGAAAAAGAGAAGAAAGAAUUACAGAAGAACAAAAGGUCACCGCCAGGAAUUAACUAAACUAAGGAUAACGGAUAUACAAGGGAUCGAGAAGCAAGAAAAUACUAUGCCUCUGCCUCCAACGAAGAAGGAAAAGGCAGAGAAGAAGGUGGCUAUGGAAGCUUAAUAGGCACAUAUGCUUGUCUAGUGCUUUCAAGAUCCAUUUUUCCCAACAGCUCAAGCCUGAUAUACUACUCCUAUUUGUUAUCUAAUGUGACCUUUACAUUCUCAGAAUUGAGGUCUUCUUCCUUGUUCAUCCAUGAUUCCGGGCUCAUGUUUUGGGUCGUUUUAUUUGUAUCUUUUAACUCCAAAACUAUGGGGAGACAGGAGACUAUAUUUAUUGAUACGUUUGCUCAAAAUAAUAGUACUAAUAAUUAAAGCA